AUGGACAUCGGCGGCCUGGAGACAGUGGUGGCCAACUCGGCCUACGUCUCGGCCCGGGGCGGCGCCGACGCCGCCUCCGCCGCCCGGGACCGGAAGCUGCGGGCCCGGCUCAAGCUGCCCCACAUCAGCCAGUGCGACCACCUCCGGGCCCGGCCGGAGCUGGACUUCCCCGGCGUCUGCCUCCGGCAGCCCAUCGGCAAGCGGCUCUUCCAGCAGUUCCUGGAGGAGCAGGCGCCGUUGGCGGCGGCCGGCGGCCUCUGGCAGAGCGUGGAGGCCUACGCCGCGGCCGAGGAGGGCCACCGGCCCCGGGCGGCCCAGGAGACCGUCAACCGUUUCUUCGACGCGGCCUCCAAGACCUUCUGCGCCUUCCUGGAGGAGAAGACGGUGGCCACGGUCAAGGAGGAGGCCCGGCACGGCCGGGCGGACCUCUUCCGGGAGGCCGAAGCGGAGCUCCUCCGGCACCUGGAGGCGGGGGCCUGGGCCGGGUUCAAGGCGAGCCUCUGCUUCUCCCGCUUCCUCCAGUUCAAGUGGCUGGAGGGGCAGAGCGUGACCGAGGAGUGGUUCCUGGACUUCCGCGUGCUGGGCAAGGGCGGCUUCGGCGAGGUCUGCGCCUGCCAGAUGCGGGCCACCGGCAAGAUGUACGCCAACAAGAAGCUUAACAAGAAGCGGCUGAAGAAACGCAACGGCUACGAGGGGGCCAUCGUGGAGAAGCGGAUCCUGGCCAAGGUGCACAGCCGGUUCAUCGUCACGCUGGCCUACGCCUUCCAGACCAAGCUGGACCUGUGUCUGGUCAUGACCCUCAUGAACGGCGGCGACCUCAGGUACCACGUCUACAACAUGGACGAGAAGAACCCGGGUUUCCCGGAGCCUCGGGCCAUUUUCUACGCGGCCCAGAUCAUCUGCGGCCUGGAGCACCUGCACCAGAACCGCAUCAUCUACCGGGACCUGAAGCCGGAGAACGUGCUGCUGGACGACGCGGGGCACGUCCGGCUGUCGGACCUGGGGCUGGCGGUGGAGCUGCCGGAGGGGAAGGAGAAGACCAAGGGGUACGCGGGGACCCCAGGGUUCAUGGCCCCCGAGCUGCUGAAGAACGAGGAAUACGACUGGAGCGUGGAUUACUUCACCCUGGGGGUGACCCUCUACGAGAUGAUCGAAGCCAAGGGCCCCUUUCGCUGCCGGGGGGAGAAGGUGGAGAACAAGGAGGUGACCCGGCGCAUCCUGCACGACCCGGUGAAAUACUCAGAGAAGUUCAGCGCCGCCUGCCGGGCCGCCUGCGAGGGGCUCAUGGCCAAGGAGCCCGCCGGCCGCCUGGGCUUCCGGGACAACCAGUGCGCCCAGCUCAAGGGCCAUCCCCUCUUCCAGAAGGUGAACUGGGGCCGGCUGGAGGCAGGCCUGGUGGAGCCGCCCUUCGUGCCCGACCCCAAGACGGUCUACGCCAAGGACAUCGGCGAGGUGGGCGCCUUCUCCACGGUGAAGGGCGUGGUGCUGGACGAGCAGGACCGGGCUUUCUACGACGACUUCUCCUCCGGCAACAUCCCCAUCCCCUGGCAGGAGGAGAUGGUGGAAACCGGCGUCUUCGAGGAACUGAACGUGUGGGGGGCCAAGGGCACCGUCCCCAGGGACCUCGACCCCAACGCGCCCGCCGACAGCGUCAGCAGCAAAUCGGGGAUGUGCCUCCUGCUGUGA